GCAUUGGAAAACAGAAAGUGGAAAUACGUGUAAAACAUGGCAUCCUCUCUGCAAACCGGGUUGUGUUUUGUUAUUAUUUGUUUAUGUGCGGUGCAUUGCCAGUUCCAAGAUGAUUCCUGUCAUUCAUAUGCAGGAGGUCAAGUUUAUCCACAAGAAACCAAACGCACAAUAGGUCACACUAUUCAAUGGAGCCAAGCCGUCAUUUCUAAGCCUGCACCAGAUUGGAAUGGAACUGCUGUCAUUAAAGGUGAAUUUAAAGACAUCAAGUUGUCAGACUUCAAAGGGAAAUAUUUAGUGUUUUUCUUUUACCCAUUGGAUUUUACAUUUGUCUGCCCUACUGAAAUCAUUGCUUUCAGUGAUAGAAUAGAUGAGUUCCAGAAGAUCAAUACAGAAGUGGUUGGUUGCUCUGUUGAUUCUCAGUUCACUCACCUUGCAUGGACUAAUGUUCCAAGAAGUCAAGGUGGACUGGGUAAGAUUAAUUACCCCUUGUUGUCAGACAUCACCCAUGAAAUCUCUAAAGCAUAUGGUGUAUAUCUGCAGGACUUGGGGCACAGCUUGAGAGGCCUGUUCAUUAUUGACCCCAAAGGAACUUUGAGACAGAUUACAAUGAAUGACCUCCCAGUGGGUAGAUCAGUUGACGAGACACUGCGCUUGGUGCAAGCUUUUCAGUACACUGAUAAACAUGGAGAGGUUUGCCCUGCUGGAUGGAAACCUGGAAGUGCUACAAUUAUUCCUGAUCCCAAGAAAUCAAAGGAAUAUUUCAAGCAGCAAUCUAACGAUGAACUCUAAUUUUCUAGUCCCACGUAUUGAAAAGUUUUAUUUUAAUUCAUAUUCUGACUUACAAAUGUGGCUAAUUUUUUUUUAAAAUUGUUAAUUGGAAAGUUUAAGCAGGCAUCAUGAGUAUUUUGACAUUUUCAGCCCUUAUCCACACGGCUAAAACAUUUUUAUAAAUCUACUUACACACAAAUAAUAAAGAAAUUUGAUUUUAUGCCAGUGAAAAAUUGAUUUUUUUUAUCUGCUCUUUUUGUUUUUUCAUGGUGUUUGGGUGCUUUUAUUGUUCCAUUGAUUCAUGACUUUACAUUAAUUUAGGUUUUCAAGGUGCUUAAAAGUUGAAUAAAAGGUGUGUGGUUGAAAUACUUUUAAAAGUCACUGAGGCAUGGCAGAUGUUUUUUAGGGUGAUUCAAGGCUUGAGUGGGAAUAGAAGUUUCUAAUGAUCAGUUGGCACAUUUAUAUUCAAAUUGUUUUCUUUCCAUUUUGUUUUGUCAUUGUUCAAUAUUUGAAAACUUUUGUAUUACCAGUUCAGUGCAUUUGUUGUUGGUCUAUUCUUAAUUUUGAAACAAUUUUAGAAACAAAUUAUUAUCUAAACCAGCAUUUCUCAAACUGGGUACAGGUAUUUUGUUUUUCAAAGAAUAUAAAUCUUUUGUAUUAGCAUUGUUAUCAUAAAUCCAUAUUUGAGUAUUAAUCAAGUAAAAGCAACUUUACUACGGAUGCUUAAAAAAUUUAAUUAUGCAACAUCAUAUCUUUUAAGUAGAGGCAUCUGCAACAGCAUUAAUUCAAAACUGUCUUUUAAAGAAGACAUUUCAGUAUCUCUUCUCCUUUGUGAUUCCAUGACAUCUUUAUUGUGUUGAAUCAGUCAAAUUUCUCUUGAUUGGUACCAUUCUUCUGUCGAGGUCAAUUUCAUGAAAAAAAAAAUUGCCAUCUAUAAGACAUCUUUCUGAACUCCAAAGUGAACUCACAACUAAUAGAAGAGUAUCUGUUUUUUUU